GCCACCCAAGGGAUUAAGUUCCGUAGCAUAUGAGCUUGAUCUUGGCGUACCGAGACUAACCGCCCUGUCGUCGUCUCUUGACGGCCUGGGGGCUGAACCACCCUAUCUAGAUUACCCAAUGAUUGUUACUAUUACAUGA